GUGGGCGGGGCUCCGCUAUCCCGGGUCUGGAUUCUUCAUUCGGGAACGCUAGACAAGGCUGAACACGAAUGCAGCCAUAUUCGGCUUCGCGGAGCAGCACACCGGCUAGUCCCGCUCACACUCGAGGAUUCGCCUACCUCGAGAAAUCACCCAGUUUUGUGGGGGGCGUGUUUAUGUAGGUCCAAGGUGUGUGUAGUUCUUCGUUUAUUCCUGAAGAAUUCCAGCUGAGCGGAAUGAGCGUCCAGUCAUCCUGAGAUUCGACGGGAGAAAAAGCCCCGACACAUCCCGCAAAGUGGAAAGUACAGAUUUGUCCGGAUUAAGGCGAAUGGAGCCGACGGGGCCUCAGGAGUGAGGAGGGGGGAGGAAAGGCUGGAAACCGGCGGACAACAGCGGGGUUAGGCGCAUUAGGGCUUCGUUUAUCUCAGCACAAUGUUGGGCACAUUUUGCUAGCUGGCUAGCUGGAUGGCUGGCUAGCAGUUGGAGUCUGGGACUUCAGAGCUCCACACGUUUUGGCCAGAUAAACACCAACUGUGUGUAUUUAUAACGCGAAUACCGGUUAUAUUAAAUCCGACAAGUGUUAUUUCACAUCUUCUGGCUCUGGGAGUGGUAGCCAGGCCGCUAAAUUGGUAGAAAAUGUCUGCGAAGGUGCGCCUGAAGAAGUUGGAGCAGUUGCUGCUGGAUGGCCAUCAGAAAAACGACAAGUCACUGAGUGUGGAGACACUGCUGGAUAUUCUCAUAUGUUUAUACAACGAGUGCAGCAACUCGCCCUUAAAACGGGAAAAACACGUGACGGACUUUUUGGAAUGGGUGAAGCCGUUUACAACCACUGUGAAAGAGAUGCGCCUUCACAGAGACGACUUCGAGAUGCUGAAAGUGAUCGGCAGGGGAGCCUUUGGAGAGGUUGCUGUGGUAAAGAUGAAGCACACAGAGCGGGUUUACGCCAUGAAGAUCCUCAACAAGUGGGAGAUGCUGAAAAGGGCUGAGACGGCAUGCUUUCGGGAAGAGAGGAACGUCCUGGUGAAUGGAGACUGCCAGUGGAUCACUACCCUUCAUUAUGCUUUUCAGGAUGACAACUAUCUGUACUUGGUGAUGGAUUAUUACGUUGGCGGUGACCUGCUGACGCUGCUUAGUAAAUUUGAAGACCGGCUGCCGGAGGACAUGGCCAAGUUCUACGUGGCGGAGAUGGUUCUCGCCAUCCACUCCAUCCAUCAGCAGCGCUACGUACACAGGGAUAUAAAACCCGACAACGUGCUGCUGGACAUGAACGGCCACAUCCGACUCGCUGACUUCGGCUCCUGUCUGAAGAUGAUGCAAGACGGCACGGUCCAAUCUUCAGUGGCUGUGGGCACACCAGACUACAUCUCUCCAGAGAUCCUGCAGGCCAUGGAGGACGGCAUGGGGAAAUACGGGCCGGAGUGUGACUGGUGGUCGCUGGGCGUUUGCAUGUAUGAGAUGCUGUACGGCGAGACACCCUUUUACGCCGAAUCCCUGGUGGAGACCUAUGGAAAGAUCAUGAACCAUGAGGAGCGUUUCCAGUUCCCUUCCCACAUCACGGAUGUAUCCGAGGAUGCUAAAGACCUGAUCCAGAGGCUGAUUUGCAGCCGAGAGCGCCGUUUGGGUCAACAUGGCAUCGAGGAGUUCAGGAAGCACGCCUUUUUCUCCGGCAUCGACUGGGAGAACAUCCGGAACAUGGAGGCGCCAUACAUCCCUGACGUCAGCUCUCCAUCAGACACCUCCAACUUUGAUGUAGAUGAUGACGUACUGAAGAAUCCAGACAUUGCUCCUCCAGUUUCUCACACGGGUUUCACCGGGCAGCACUUGCCCUUUGUGGGCUUCACCUACACUACAGAGAGCUGUUUCUCAGACGGCGGCAGCAUGAGGGGUGUGGCGCUGUCUGACGGGGGCACCGGGGAGGAUCUCCAGGAUGGAGGCAUGCAGGUGGAGGCCUUUGAGAAGAGGAUUCGCUGCCUGGAGCAAGAGAAAUUGGAGCUUAACCGUAAGCUGCAAGAAUCCACUCAGGCUGUUCAAUCUCUUCAUGGCUCUGGUCGAGGAGCCGGCACUCUCGGACGAGAUAAAGAGAUUAAAAAACUUAAUGAGGAAAUCGAUCGGCUUAAAAAGAAACUGGCAGACUCUGAUAGGCUGGAGCACCAGUUGGAGGAAGCAGUGACUCUUCGACAGGACUUUGAAAGUUCCUCCACCAAACUAAAAGCCCUGGACAAGCAAGUCAAAGCUCUCAAGCUGGAGAAAGAGGAUAUUCAUAAGCAACUGGUGGAGUCUUUGGACCGCCUGAAGUCUCAGACCAAGGAGCUGAAGGACGCGCACCAGCAGAGGAAGCUGGCCAUGCAGGAGUUCUCGGAGGUGAACGAGCGUAUGGCCGAACUGCGCUCCCAGAAGCAGCGUCUGUCGCGCCAGCUGCGGGACAAGGAGGAGGAGAUGGAGGUGGUGAUGCAGAAAAUCGACGCCAUGCGCCAGGACAUCCGCAAAACCGAGAAGGCCCGCAAGGAGCUGGAGUCUCAGCUGGAGGAUGCGCGUGCCGAAGCUUCUAAGGAGCGUAAACUUCGAGAGCACAGUGAGGUUUACUCCAAACAACUGGAGAGUGAACUGGAGACACUCAAGGUGAAGCAGGGCGCAGGUCGUGCGUCAGGCCUCGGUGCAGAGACUCAGCAGGAGCUCACCAAACUCAAGUCUGAGCUAGAUAAGAAAGGACUGUAUUAUGAGGAAGAGCUGGUGAGACGUGAAGCCAGUCACACUACAGAGAUGAAAAACCUGAGGAAGGAGCUCCAGGACUCUGAGGGUCAGCAGCUCUCCCUGCACAAAGAGCUGCUUGCGCUUAAAGAAAAACUGGAAAAGGCCAAGAGAGAACGGCAAAUUGAGAUGGAAGAGGCCAUUAAUGCCCUGAAAGAGCAGUAUGAACGUGAACGCAACCUUAUGAGUGAAGACAACCGCAAACUCACUGCAGAAACAGACCGGCUCUGCAGUUUUGUGGACAAGCUGACCGCUCAGAACAGGCAACUGGAGGACGAGCUCCAGGAACUGGCAUCAAAGAAGGAGAGCGUAGCACACUGGGAAGCACAGAUCGCAGAGAUUAUCCAGUGGGUGAGCGAUGAGAAAGACGCACGCGGCUACCUUCAGGCUCUGGCCUCCAAGAUGACAGAAGAGUUGGAGUCUCUGCGCAGCUCCAGUUUGGGAUCCAGAACACUGGAUCCGUUGUGGAAGGUGCGUCGCAGUCAAAAGCUGGAUAUGUCUGCCCGUCUAGAGCUGCAGUCGGCCUUGGAAGCUGAAAUCCGUGCCAAGCAACUGGUUCACGAUGAACUGCGCAAGGUCAAAGCUGCCAACAUCUCUUUCGAGAGCAAACUGAAGGACACCGAGGCCAAGAACAGAGAGUUGGAGGAACAGCUGGAGAACAUGAAGAAGGAGAUGGAGGAGAGCCGCUCACGAUCAGACAAAGGCCUGAAACUGCCAGACUUCCAGGACUCCAUCUUUGACUACUUCAAUACCUCUCCUCUUGCCCAUGAGCUGACAUUCAGAGACUCUGUCUCCUCCUCAUCUGCAUCUUCUCUGCUUGCAUUUUGGGACGAAACCAGCUCUGUCGGAGAUGUGGACGUCGCACCUCAGAAGACUGACAUUCCCCCUUCCUCCCCAUCAGCAGCUACAGAACAGGAUGAAGCAGUCAAGCCUCAAGCGACCACUCCUGCUACUCCUUCUCCAAUGUAUCAGCCCACUCUCACUGCACCAAAGCCCAAAGCCCAUCAGCUGAGCAUCAAGACCUUCUCCAGCCCGACUCAGUGCACUCACUGUACUUCACUGAUGGUGGGCCAGAUGCGUCAAGGAUACGCCUGCGAGGUAUGCUCUUUCAUCUGCCACGUGUCCUGUAAAGACAACGCACCCCAGCUCUGCCCCAUUCCUCCCGAGCAGACCAAGAGGCCUCUGGGUAUUGAUGUGCAGAGGGGCAUUGGCACUGCGUACAAAGGUUUUGUCAGGAUCCCGAAGCCCACCGGAGUGAAGAAGGGCUGGCAGAGAGCAUAUGCUGUAGUGUGUGACUGUAAACUCUUUCUCUACGAGGUGCCAGAAGGGAAGUCCACUCAACCUGUCGUGAUGGCCAGUCAGGUCCUUGACUUGAGGGAUGAGGAGUUCUCUGUUAGCUCUGUGUUGGCAUCUGAUGUGAUCCAUGCCAACCAUAAAGACGUUCCCUGUAUAUUCAGGGUAACCUCGUCGGCUCUGAAAUCCUCGAUCCGGCCAGUUCCUUUGCUGAUUUUAGCUGAGAGCGAGGCGGAGAAGAGGAAGUGGGUGGGCAUCCUAGAGGGCCUGCAGAGCAUCCUAGCCAAAAACCGGCUGAAGAACCGCGUGGUGCAUGUGCUGCACGAGGCCUACGACAGCAGCCUACCUGCCAUCAAAACUACACUUUCUGCUGCCAUCGUAGAUCGAGAACGAAUUGUCUUGGGGACAGAAGAUGGCCUUUUUGUAGUCGAGAUCACCAGAGAUGUCAUUGUUCGUGCCGCUGACUGUAAAAAAGUCUGCCAGAUCGAGCUCAUCCCCAAAGAGAAGAUGGUGGCCCUGCUUUCUGGCCGUAAUCGCCAUGUCCAUUUAUACCCCUGGGCGGCACUAGAGGGCGCUGAAGGGGGUUUCGAUGCCAAGCUGACAGAUACGAGAGGCUGCCAGGCCAUGACCAUCGGUAACCUCCGCCCUGGCGGUCCAGCGUGUCUCUUUGCAGGCGUGAAGCGGCAGGUUUUCUGUUAUGAAAUCACACGAGCGAAACCCCAUCAUCGCAAACUCUGGGAAGUGCAGGCGCCAGGGGUCGUCCAAUGGCUGGGGAUAAUUCGAGAACGGAUCUGCGUAGGUUACCCAUCAGGCUUUGCUCUGCUGGCCAUGCAGGGAGAAUCGUCGCCGGUCAGUCUGGUGAGCCCAGGUGACCCCUCGCUGGCAUUUUUGGCCCAGCAGCCUCUGGAUGCACUUCAUGCUAUGGAAGUGGGGUCCAAUGAGCUGCUGCUGUGCUUCAGUCAGCUGGGAGUGUACGUGGACGCGACUGGAAGACGAUCACGAACUCAGGAGCUCAUGUGGCCCUCCACACCGCUCGCCUGCAGCUCAAACUCGAACUGCCUGACGGUGUACAGCGAUUAUGGGGUCGACGUGUUUGAUGUUCACACUAUGGAAUGGGUUCAGACCAUCUCAUUAAGAAAAAUUCGACCUCUGAAUGUGGAAGGCAGUCUAAACCUUUUGAGCAUUGAGCAACCCCAUCUCAUCUAUUUCAGCAACAACUCCUCGGAUGGCUGUGACCUGGCCAUCCCCGAGACCUCAGACAACAGCAAGAAGCUGAUGGUGAGGACGCGCAGCAAGAGGAAGUUCCUUUUUAAAGUACCAGAGGAGGAGCGGCUGCAGCAGAGAAGGGAGAUGCUGAGGGAUCCUGAAAUGAGAUCCAAGCUAAUCUCUCACCCCACCAACUUCAAUCACGUUGCUCACAUGGGCCCAGGCGACGGCAUGCAGGUCCUCAUGGAUCUGCCUCUGCCGAGCGAGACUCCCUCCCCCUCAUCCUCUCGCCACCAUGCCCUGAUCUCCCCUCCGACCAACUUUGAGCACGUCUAUCACAUGAGUCCCGUCUCUGCCGGGCUCUAUCUGCAGAAAGAGCCUUCCUCCCAGCAGAGCCUCCUUCAGUUCUCCUCUUCCUCCUCCUCUCCUUCCACAUCCUCCCUGGGAAGGAGUGUGAUGCCCUCUUCUCAGGAUGACCUGUCUAAAGACAAACCUCGACCUCUGUCUAGCAUCUCACGCCAACAGAGGAGCAAGACCCACAUCACCCGUACCGCCUCAGGAGGGGGAGACUUCGGAGGAGCAGGGUCGUCCCGCAGUAUUUCUGAUCAGGAUCAAGACUACGAGCGAGAGCCCGACUCAGACUCGACCAAGCAUUCCACCCCCUCGAACAGCUCCAACCCCAGCAGCCCACCGAGCCCCAACUCUCCCCACCGCAGUCAGCUGACUCUGGACAGCCUGGAUCAGUCCCUGGAUGGUUGAAAGAAAGAGGACGCGACCCUUCAUAAGCGUCCCACACACACACACACACCCUGCAUAUCCACCUUCUCUGCAAGGACUUGCUCAAGAAGUGCCAAGACCCUUCCAGCUCACGGGCCCAAAGGUUUAAACGAUAAAAAGAAGCCUCAAUCGCCACAAGCAGAGAGUGUCAGGUGUGUGUGUGUCCGAAAAAGAGAAAACAAAUCAUCAGAGCCACCAAAAUAAGAGGUAAAAGCCCCCCUCUGGUGGAAAUUUCACGGUAUUACACUACCCGGCUCAGAUUAGCAGCAUGACAGACUUUUAUUUUAUUUUAUUUUAAACCUAAUUUCACGCCAUGCUCCUGCAAGUUGUUUUUUUUAAUUGUUAUUUACUUUAGUAAGUGAAAAUGCAUCACAUCUGCUGUGUCGGAAUUGCUUCUGGAUGAUUAUUAGCUUCCCUUCAAAUCGCUCAAUUGAGUGAGGGGAAGAGACUGCUGUUUUUAAAUGUAUAUUAUCAGGAUCACUCAUCAAAGCGGCCGAAGAGAGGAGCGUUUUGGGAUUAGAAACAAAUGAUCAGAGGAUGAUAAAGGACUGGGACAUUCUUGUAUAAACCAGUUGGACCAGUAACAGGUUCAUCACAGGAUCGUCUCAUCUCAUACGAGCAAUAGAUCACCGCCAGAGACUUUAAAGCCAAACCAGAGGGCACUUUUAUUGUCAUGUAACUCCUCUCUCUCUCUUUCAGUUGUGCAUUUAAACCAGCCUUUAUAAAUAUUCAUGUUUUAACGUAGAUGUUUCCCACAAAGAUAUCUAAUUCAGCUUCAGAGGCGAACAAAAGCGACGAAAAUGAAACUUUACGUAUAGAUAAGUGUUUUAAUAUUAUUAAUAAUAAUAAUGAAAACAGAAGAGAACGGCACACGGCUACAACUAUUCAUAGGAUUUCAGUAGUUCCUCUUAAGCUGCUACUGCUGCUUCGUGUGCUCUAUUUAAAAUAAAAGCGAGAAAAAAAAAAAAGAAAUGUAUAUGUGAUAUGGUUAUCUCAUCAUAGCCGUGCUCUGGUUCCCGAUGUUGACACGCGCGAUCCGUCACUCGUAUCAGAAAGCUGCUAUGUGUUUUUGUCUGUGUGUUAACAUCGUGCAGGCGUGGCUGGCAUAUCCAUUAUCACUCAAGUGUGCCUUCAGUGCCAACUUUCGUUUCAGUAAUAAACUGCGCUAAAGCAUUUCAGUGGUGUGGACGAGGCCGACGGUGAUGUGUUAUGUUUUCCCCCCCGCCCUUCUGAAACACUGUAAGACACUUGCACACGUUUUUAGUACAAGGAAAUGAUUUUGUGUGAAUGUUCUAAUUUUUUUCCUCCUCCCUUCUUUAUUUCCCCGUAUUUCACUUGUCUGCUUCAUCAGAUGGACGUUUAUCCUCAGAACACUACUGCUUUUACUUUAAAAGAAGAAGAAAAAAAACGAAUCACAGGUUGAAAUCUUUGUAAUUAUUGACUUGUUAGCCACAUAAAUUUGAACAAACAAUAAAAGAGUACCUGUUGUGCUUUUUUGUUGAA